UUCAAUUUUGGCUUCGCGAAAAGUAAAACCUCACCAAAAUUCUCCGCUCUCUCUAGCUUUCUCUCUCUAGCUUUCUCUCUCUACAAUCACCAUGGCCGUCGAAUCUUUCCUCGGCAGAGUCCUCUUCGCCUCCGUCUUCAUCCUCGCCGCGUACCAAGAAUUUAAUCAAUAUGGGGUUGAUGGGGGACCUGCAGCAAAAUCAAUCAAGCCAAAGUUUGAUGCCCUUAUACAUCAAGUACAUUCUCAUGUCAGCUUUCAGCUUCCAGGAAUUGAUAUGAAAUAUAUAGUUGCUGGUGCUAUUGCUCUCAAGGGCAUUGGAGGACUUCUUUUCAUACUUGGCAGCUCUUUCGGAGCUUUCCUUCUGCUUUUGCAUCAGAUGAUUGCUACUCCGAUGUUGUAUGAUUUCUACAAUUAUGAUGCUGAUGACAAAGAGUUUACUCAACUAUUCAUCAAAUUUACACAGCAUAUGGCUCUCUCAGGGGCCUUGUUAUUUUUUAUUGGGAUGAAAAAUUCCAUUCCUAGAAGACAACCCAAGAAGAAGGCCCCCAAAACAAAAACCUAUUAGUAGCCACAAUUUAAAGACUCAUUUGGCGGAUUUUCCUGGUUGAUCAUUAUGCCCAUUCUCCAUUUCCCCAUUACUUGGCGCUUGCCCCCCCCCCCCCCCCCCCGCAUGGGUAUUGUUGUAGCAUACUAGCAUGCCUGACAUGGACCAUGUAUAAUUUUCUUGAAUAUUUAUACGUAUUUAUUAUCUGUUCUUUUGGUUGACAUUAGGAACUAUCUUUCAAUUGCUAAGACGGUAAAAAUGAUCAGAAUCUUGUUUGAA